GUGUCUCUUACCCUCUCCACAGUCUGUCUCUCCCUCCUAGCUUUGCCUCUCACACCCUCACACAGUCUCUCUAGCUCUCCACCCUCCACUCUGCUGCAAACAUGGUCGAUGUUUUCGUUGGCACCUGGAACCUGAAGGAUAGUGAGAAGUUUGAUGAGUACAUGAAGAAGCUGGGUGUUGGCUUCGCUACACGCCAGGUCGGGAACGUGACCAAGCCCACCACCAUCAUCUCAGUGGAGGGAGACAAGGUGACGUUGAAGACGCAGAGCGCCAUCAAGAACACAGAGCUCUCCUUCAAGCUGAAUGAGGAGUUCGAUGAGACCACCGCUGAUGACAGGAAAGUCAAGUCCUUUGUAACAGUUGAUGGUGGGAAGUUGGUGCACACCCAGAAGUGGGACGGCAAAGAGACCAGCCUGGUCAGGGAAGUCAACGGCAACAGCCUCACACUGACACUAAAAAUGGAUGAUGUCGAAUCCAUACGUCGCUACGUUAAGGCAGAGUAAAUCCCAGCACUGAAACAUCCCUCCAGCAUCUUCUUGCCACAGCUAAAGCCCCUGCGACCCCAAAACAGAACAAUAAAACCUUGUAUGGUUGCCGCAGGUUCCCCUCACACUGUGCUCAGUAUUAACAUCACGGCCCAUUGUAACAUCCCUUCUCUCCAUAUCAUUUUCUUUAUACUUUGGUCCCUAUACUGCAAGAAACACUGAAUAAUUUCUGAUGAUUUGUUGUUGUUUUGCUCUCUAAAGAUCCAGUUUUGGAUGAUAAUUCUUUUUUAGAAAAUGUUUUCUGCAUGGUGCCUAUGAUAAACUUGGUUAAGUGUUUGAAUUUCAACGGUUGUCUAUUGCAACGUGAACAACAAAUAAAGUGUCUACACUGUUGGACAAACUGUUAAACCAAU